UGCGGGGUUCCCCGCCUGCUUCCAGGUUGGGUUUCGUGUGGCCUGCUUGGCUUUGGAGGAACUCCUCUUUCACGCAACUUCUUCAACCUUCUUGUGAUUCAAUUUGAGAGCUAGCGACCAGAACCUCCAAUUGUCAUCGUGAAGCAGACAAAGCGACACCACGGCUGUGUAACCUGUCAAUGUCGGAAUGGGAUCUAGGGCGCCAGAGCAGGGCGAUCGCCGGUAUUUCCACGGAGACUCGUUCCCCCCGAAUGAGCCGGUCCCAGUGGAUGCAGGCGAGCCGCGAGAGUCGCACACGUCUCGCGACGGAGAUGGCCGUUUUGAAGGCGUCGCGACCGGCGACGAUGAUGAUGGCGAUGGCGACGGUGAGGGCGAGGGCGGUGAAGUGAGCCCGGCUUCACCGUCGACCGAAACUGCAGUCGCACAGAAGAAACGGAAGCGACCCAACAGGAAGAAGCCCAAGAAGAAAGGCAAGGGCAGCCUGAAGCAGUCGUCGCCGCCGAGGGUUCCCGUGAGCCAGCUCUUCCCGUCCGGCCUCUAUCCCGAGGGCGAAGUGCAAAUCUACGAUCAAGUCACGGCCCGCACAACGGCUGCCGAGCUGCGCUACAACAAUCGCCAGCGGUACUGGGAAGACGACACUUUCCUCCAGAACUACCGCAAGGCCGCUGAGGUGCACCGCCAGACCCGCCGAUGGGUCCAGGAGACGGCCAAGCCCGGCCAGACCCUCAACGACAUCGCCGAGGGGAUUGAGGACAGCGUCAGAGCGCUGCUCGAGAAUGCCGGCCUCCAGCCGGGAGAGGCCCUUAAGUCCGGCUUGGGCUUCCCUACCGGUCUGUGCCUCAACCACCAGGUCGCGCACUACACGCCGAAUCCGGGCCAGAAGCCGGUCGUCCUGCAGGAGCAAGACGUCUUGACCGUGGAUUUUGGCGUGCACAUCAACGGCUGGAUCGUCGACAGCGCCUUCACCAUGGCGUUUGACCCGACCUACGACAACCUCCUGGCGGCCGUCAAGGACGCCACCAACAGCGGGAUCAAGACGGCCGGCGUAGACGUGCGCAUCAGCGACGUCAGCGCCGCCAUCCAGGAAGCCAUGGAGAGCUACGAGGUCGAGAUCCGCGGCAAGACGUACCCCGUCAAGGCGGUCCGCAACCUCUGCGGGCACAACAUCGCCCGCUACCACAUCCACGGCGGCAAGUCCAUCCCUUUCGUCAGGAACAGGGACCAGACCAAGAUGGAGGAGGGCGAGGUGUAUGCCAUCGAGACCUUUGGCACGACAGGCCGCGGCAUUGUCGUCGACGAUAUGGGCAUCUACGGCUACGGAUUGCACCACGACGCGCCGCUGAACGUACCCGUGUCGCUGUCGUCUGCCCGGCGUCUGCACAAGACCAUCCGCGAGAACUUUGGCACCAUUGUCUUCUGCCGCCGGUACCUCGAGCGCCUGGGCGUGGAGAAGUAUCUCGCCGGCAUGAACUGCCUCGUCGCGAACGGAAUCGUCGAGGAGUACCGGCCGCUGAUGGACAUCAAGGGGUCGUGCUCGGCCCAGUUUGAGCAUACAUUCCUCCUCCGAGAGACGCAUAAGGAGGUGUUGAGUCGCGGAGAUGACUAUUGAUCAGCAGGCCAGCCAGCGGUUGUCAUUUCACGGCGUUUAGGUUCGCAGGAUCUGCUUUUUUGUUUUCGGAUUUCUGUCCCUUGGUACUGGUUUUUUCCCCACUGGGGUUUUUUCCCAGUACCGUGACGCGAAUGCGAAGGGACUCGUAAAGCAAGGAUGAAUUCAG